AUGUCGUCAGAACCGCCGCACAAUGAAACAACCCCGUUGCUGGGCUCGCAAAGCAACGGCAAUACUACUUACUCCACGGCCGAGGUUGGAAAUCCGCCGGAUUCAGGUCGCACAGAAGAAGGAGCAGCUGCGAGUAAACUGGGCUCUGAACUGAACCUUAGAUAUAUAUUGCCUGCGCUUUCAAUUGGGGUCUUCCUGUCUGCGGCUGACCAGACAAUCAUCGUAUCCAGUUAUGGAAAGAUUGGUUCCGACUUGAAGGCGUUGAACCUGACGAGCUGGAUCGCCACGUCCUACUUCCUUACUUUGACAUCUUUUCAGCCGCUCUAUGGCAAGCUGAGUGAUAUCUUUGGUCGGAAGUCGUGUUUGUUGUUUGCGUAUGCGGUGUUUGGCACCGGGUGUUUGUUUUGUGGUCUUGCUCAAAGCAUUCAUCAGCUUAUUGCUGCUCGCGUAUUUCAAGGCAUUGGCGGUGGCGGCAUGACCACGGUUGUUAGCAUCCUCCUGAGUGAUAUUAUUCCGCUUCGCGACAGGGGUGUCUGGCAGGGUGUUAUCAACAUUAUAUAUGCGACUGGAUCGGGCAUCGGCGCACCUCUUGGUGGCGUUCUCGCGGACUAUAUCGGCUGGAGAUGCUACCUUAGGGCUUUCAUUGCUCAAUUCCCGCUGUGCGUGAUUGCAUUUAUCUCGGUGUCAGUUGUACUAGACCUGCCGGCACCCGAGGAUAGUCAUUGGAAAACCAAGCUUCGCCGGAUUGACUUCCCUGGAGCCGUUGUUCUGAUUGGAGCAGUGCUAGGAUUUCUCGUAGGCUUCGAUCGAGGCAGCAAUGUGUCUUGGACGAUGCCGUUAACGGUCGUCUCACUGAGUGUCUCGGUCUGUCUGUUUGUUUUGUUCGUUGUGGUCGAGAUAUACUACGCGGCAGAACCGUUUGCCCCUGGCCAUAUUAUUUUCGACCGCGGCUUCGUCGCUGCGUACGGAUGCAAUUUCUUUAGCUUUGGUGGCUGGCUAUCUGGUCUUUUCUACCUCCCCCUGUACUUCCAGGCUAUGGACGGCGUCUCAGCCACGGUGGCUGGGCUACGACUUCUGCCUUGUAUCUUUGCCGGUGUCUCCGGAUCUUUGUUUGCGGGCUUUAUUAUGAGAUGGACUGGAAAGUAUUAUUGGCUGACCAUCGCUGGCUAUACCUCCCUCACUCUGGGACUUGUCACGAUCACCCUUUUCUCUGGGGCCGUUGCAGAGAGCCUAGUACCUAUAAUCAUCGGAACAGUCGCCUGUUCUUUCGGAAACGGUAUCGGUGUUACAACGACCCUUAUUAGCUUGAUAUCGAACGCAACCCCAGAGGACCAAGCUGUCGUGACCGCCUGCUCGUAUCUAUUCCGCUCACUGGGGUCAGUCAUCGGCCUUGCCUUGUCUUCUACGGUCGUUCAGCAAGUUCUGAGGAACCGUUUGAGAUAUGCGCUGCGCGAAAGCAAGGAUAUCGAUAGAAUCGUGGACGGGGUUCGAGAGAGCUUGGACUUCAUCAAGACACUGGACCCGGCCAUUGCAAGAAUAGUUCGCGACUGCUAUGGAUGGGCGACAAACAAGGGAUUUGCUUUCUUGAUUGGCGUGGUGUUCCUCGCCUUCGUGAGCAGCUUAUUCAUUCGCGAACGGAGCUUGUCACGCUGA